CUCAGAUUCAAGUGAGUUGCGGAACGUAUUCCCAACUUUCGCACCGCGUCUCACUUCAAAACUCUUCUAUAUAAACACUUUUUUUUCUCUCUGAUUUUUUUUUUAAUGUGAAUAACUUUUUAACAAAGUGAAUAAAAAUUUCCUCCAUUUUCUGUUUUCUAUUUUCCUUUUUGAAAAUAUAUAAUUUUUACAAACGGAAAUUUUUUUCUUUCUUCGUGAAAUAUCAAUUUUUUCGUGAAAUUUCUCUUUUGGUUUUUAUUGUUUGUUCUCUAAUAAACAUAUAUAUAUAUAUAUAUAUAGAUAGAGAAAGAGUGAGGGAGCAAUAUAUAUAUUGAUGCAAGAAAGGUUCUAAAACCACUCGGUGAAAAGUGGUAGACACCAAAAACGCUAACAAUCAAGUAACUAGCAACAGUCCAAUUAGAUUCGGAACGUUCGUUAACAACAGUUGAACUUCCAAUUAUCGAUUUCUCGGUGAUAAACCGAACACAGGGCAAGAAUGUUCUUCAAUGAGAGCGCCAUGUUGCUGCCGAUGGCCAUUGUCGGUGAUGCUGGGCAUAUUCAGCACAUGCAGGAUCGUCUUUUGGGAUGGAAUGUACCAGCAGAACAUUCAGAUAUGGUACAUCCACAUUGGAGGGGAUUUUUGGCACCACAAAGAUAUUGGCACAUAUGUUUAGCCCUAAUUUAUUUUAUGCUCAUGGUACUUUCACUCGUCGGUAACGGAUGUGUUGUUUGGAUAUUUUCGACGUCAAAAUCUCUCAGAUCGCCGUCAAAUAUGUUUAUAAUUAAUUUGGCUCUCUUUGACUUAAUGAUGAUGUUAGAAAUGCCAUUGCUGAUUGCCAAUAGUUUCUUGGAGCGAAUGUUAGGUUGGCAAUUGGGCUGCGAUAUUUAUGGUGCACUCGGCAGUAUUUCUGGGAUAGGUCAAGCCAUUACAAAUGCGGCCAUUGCAUUCGAUCGCUACAGAACUAUUUCGUGCCCUAUCGAUGGAAGACUCAAUGGAAAACAAGCUUUUGUUAUCGUAAUGCUUACAUGGUUUUGGGCAUUGCCAUUCACAAUACUUCCAUGGGUUCGUGUUUGGGGUCGUUACGUACCAGAGGGAUUUUUAACAACCUGCAGUUUUGAUUUUCUGACAGACGAUGAUGACACGAAAGUUUUUGUUGCAAGCAUUUUCUGUUGGUCGUACGUUUUUCCAAUGACACUUAUUGUUUAUUUCUAUUCUCAAUUAAUGAAAUCUGUACGUCAUCAUGAAAAAAUGUUACGUGAACAGGCGAAGAAGAUGAAUAUCAAAUCACUCAUAUCCAAUCAAGAUAAGGAAAGAAGUGUUGAAAUGCGAAUUGCAAAAGUUGCAUUCACGAUAUUUUUCUUAUUUGUUUGCGCCUGGACGCCAUAUGCUGUUGUUGCUUUGACUGGAGCUUUUGGAAAUCGUGAAACAUUAACACCAUUUGCCACAAUGAUACCAGCAGUAUUCGCAAAAACUGUAUCCUGCAUUGAUCCCUGGGUUUAUGCAAUUAAUCAUCCAAGGUAUCGAGUGGAAUUACAAAAGCGAUGUAAGUGGAUGGGAAUUCGUGAACCAGAACCAGCAACAGAUACAACAUCGGCAACAACAGAAAGAAUGAAAGCAGAUGAUGCAUAAAUUUUGAAAGAAUCCUCUCGAAAAAUGUAGCUACAGUCGACGUAAUAGAAAAUCAAUGAAUCAGUACAAGAUAAAACAUCAAAAUCUACAUUAUCAGCCACCACAAAUAUAACAUCGAAAUUUUUAUUCUGAUUUUUUGAGAAAAAAAAAGGAAUUAUGUUAUCAACGCUAUAUUUUUAAAUUCUACUCGUAUAUUUAUAGUUCUAUAUUUUUAUUUUAUAUAUAUAUAACUAUUAAGAGAAUUUCUUAUUGAAAAAUAAUUUCAAAUUUUUAUGACAAGAAAUUUUAUUUAAAAAAGCAUAAGUUAUAAAAUUAUCUCAUAUAAACAAUAGCAGGGAGAAAAUUGGAUUAAGAAAGUCUAUAUAUACUUGUCCAAAUAUAUAGGAAUAUUAUAUACAGGAGUAUUCAUAUAAUUAUAGGGUAUUUUCGACCAAAAGGAAAAUAUGGUCAAUAAUAAUGGAAAUCACAUUUGAAAUUGAAAAGACAAUAUUAAACCUUUCGUAAUUUUGUAGGAAACAUUCAUUUUUCUCCAAUAAUUUCUUGAAAAUAUAUUGUAUACAGUUAUAGUGAUUUUUGUGUAAUAUUUUUCUGUAUAAAUAAAAAUAAUAGCAUUA